AUGUCAUCGCAAUCUGUUAGCUUUGGGGGAGUUGUUAACAGCCACAGCAGCAGAAGAAUCAGAACACAGCAGCAGCAGAACCUGUUGCCCAAGUUCUGUGACUAUAAAAAGGACUGCAGCGCUAGAGCCAGGCAGACAAUGCAACUGCAAGUGUUAGCUCUGGUGGCUCUGAGCUUGGCCAGCCUGGCGCAAGGCAUUGCCAUUUAUCCAUAUGCCUAUACGGCUGUGGGCUCCACUCUGCUGACGCCCACGCAGCAGCAGUAUUACUCCCAGGAUGCCUUGGGUCAGUACGCUUAUGGCUAUGCCGAGCCACACUCCAGCAAGCAUGAGAUGCGCAGUCUGGACGGCACUACACGCGGCGCCUAUAGCUAUCGCGAUGCCGCUGGACAGCUGCAGCGCGUGGAGUACACUGCUGAUGAUGCAGGCUUCCAUGUGGCUGCCACCAAUCUGCCCAGGGCUGUCCAAUCAAACACUCCAGCUCCCAUUGCAGACACACCCGAGGUAGCCGCCGCCAAGUCCGUGCAUCUGCAACGUGUCGCCUCCGAGAAACUGCGCAAUGAAUUGCUUGGCUCAGCAGCUGUUGCUGUUCCUGUGUCCAUUGCCCGCUCCCAGGUCAUAGUGCCCUCUGUUUAUGGCUACAAGAUUCCGCAAUACUACAACUCCGGCUUCUACUAUUAUAAGAAGAUGCAGUUGCUCAGCAUUUGUUUAAGUUUAUGCAUAAGUCAGGCUUUGUCAGCCGCUCUGCUGGACUACGGCGCGCCCUGGACAGCGGCUGCUAUAAAUCAAUAUCAUAGUCAAGAUGAGCUGGGGCAAUACUAUUACGGCUAUAGUUCUCCACACGCCUCCAAGCAUGAAGCACGCACAGCUGAUGGUGUAACACAUGGCGCCUACUCCUACGUGGAUGCGCAUGGCCAGCACCAGCAUGUGGCUUACAAAGCGGAUGCAGCAGGAUUUCAGUUGACUGCCAACAGUCUGGAGCAGCAGCCCAUAGCGGAAACAGCGGAGGUGGCGGCGCUGCGUGCGCAGCAUUUGGCCGCCCACGCCGAGAUGAAGCUGCGUCUAGCGGGCAAGUCGACUGCGCUUAAUCCUGUACAGGAUACGCCGGAAGUGGCAGCUGCUAAGGUCGCGUUCUUCAAGCGCUUUGAAGCGGAGCGCCGACGCAAUGAGCUGGUGGCCAAGUCGCGUGCCCAAGCCCAGCAGUCUUUGUAUGUCUAUCAGCCCAACAAUGGAGUCAUCUAUAAGCUCAUCAAGGCGUACGCUUAG